GCGUCAGCGGUGAAGCUAGAACUCUGCUGGAUCAGCUGGGCAGGAGGCGCGGGGCGGGACUGACCGUUUGUCCUGCCGGCUUGGGGUAGAGGGCGAGGCCAGGGUUCUCCGAGGAGCGCAGUGCGCAGAUCCCUGGGGUGUGUGGCGGAGGAUGCGGGGACCACUUAGAGCCCGAGGUGAAGCUUGUUUGCUGGAGUGAUGUGCGCGGCCCGAAUUUACGUAGGGUCUGGCUGCGCCCCCAACAAAAGCCUGCACCUUGUUUUCGGGAUUGAGUCCAGUCGGCAAGUGGAGCGCGCACUGGGUGCCCCUGAUGCAUGUGGGCCACCACCAACAUUUGAAGCUAUGGAGCUCACUAGCAAACCAAAACCCUAUUAUAAGGUUGGGGAACAAGUAGAAUAUGACUGUAAAAAAGGAUACCACCACUUCGCUCCUUUUCUCACCCAUAGUAUUUGUGAUCGGAAUCACACAUGGCUACCGAUCUCAGAUGAGCCCUGUGUUAAAAAAGUGUGUCACUAUAUACCUAAUCCUUUACAUGGCGAAGCAAUCCUUGCAAAUGGGUCUUACUCAUUUGGAAAUCAGCUGCACUUCAUUUGUAAUGACGGUUAUUACUUAAUUGGUAAAGAAAUUCUAUAUUGUGAACUUAAAGGAUCAGACGCAGUUUGGAGUGGUAGGCCCCCAAUAUGUCAAAAGAUUUUGUGUAAACCACCUCCAAAAAUAAACAAUGGAAAACACACCUUUAGUGAUGUAGAAGUAUUCGAAUAUCUUGAUGCAGUAACUUAUAGUUGUGAUCCUGCUCCUGGACCAGAUCCAUUUUCCCUUAUUGGAGAGAGCACGAUUUACUGUCGUGACAAUUCAUUAUGGAGUGAUGACGCUCCAGAGUGUAAAGUGGUCAAAUGUCGAUUUCCAGUAAUUGAAAAUGGAAAACAGAUAGCAGGAUUUGGAAAAAAAUUUUACUACAAAGCAACUGUUAUAUUUGAAUGUGAUAAAGGUUUUCACAUCAUUGGCAGUGACACAAUUGUCUGUAACAGUAACAGUACUUGGGAUCCCCCAGUUCCAAAGUGUGCUAAAGAGCUGCCUCCUUCCAGUACAAAACCUCCAACCUUGAGUCAUUCAGUGUCGACUUCUCCCACUACAGUAUCUCCAACUUCCAGUGUCUCAGGUCCGAGGCCUACUUACAAGCCUCCAGUUUCACGUUAUCCAGGUUAUCCCAAUCCUGAUGAAGGAAUGCUUAACAGUUUGGAUGAAUGGGCCAUUGCUCUGAUUGUUAUUGCUAUAUUUGUUGGAGUUGCAAUAAUUUCUUUUGGCCUGCACAGAUAUCUUCAAAGAAGGAAGAAGAAAGGGAAAGCAGAUGGUACAGCUGAAUAUGCCACUUACCAGAGUAAAUCAGCCACUGUAGCAGAGCAGAGAAGUUGAAUGGAUUCCACUACUUGGUUUGCCAGUUCAUCUUUUGAUUCUAUUAAAAUCUGCACAUACCCAGUAGUUACUCUCUAGUUUCACUCUCGUGAGUGCAACUGCAGCUUACCUAACAUUCCAUUGUGGCUUGAAUGUAGCUUUGAUGGUUCUUUGAAACUUAUCAAUUUGGGUAUGAACAUAUUGCCUGUUUUCCUUUAAAUAACACUCAGAUUUAUUGGGCCAGUCAGCACAGCAUGCCUGGUUAUAUUAAAGCAGGGAAGUGCUUUAUUUUAUAAAAUUGGCAAAAUUAGAGAAAUAUAGUUCAAAAUGAAAUUAUAUUUUCUUAGUACAGAAAGUGGCUUUGAAAUCUUUUUUGUUCAAAGAUUAAUGCCAACUCUUAAAAUUCAUUCUUUCACCAACUAUAGAGUUUAUUUUAUCUAAUGUUCAUUAUAAAAAGCCUUACAAAUAUGUGUAUGCUACUUUGUCUCUUGUGCAUUAAAAACAAGAACACUGAAAAUUGGGAAUAUGCACAAGCUUGACUUCCUUAGCUAAAAAUAUUAUUGGAAAAUUCUCUAAAAGUUAAUAGCGUAAAUUCUCAAUUUUUAAAUGUGUUUGGUGAUAUCAGAACUAGAAAGUUUAUGUGUGGCAUUUGUUUUCACUUUUUAAAACAUCCGUAACUAAUCAAUUGCAUCAUGAAUUUCAGAAUCAGAUGCAUACUUUCUUAAAAAGUAAGAGGACUCUGACACCCGUAACAGGAGUGCCACUUCACAGUGUGGAGUGAACGCUGUGGCCUUGUGAUUUUCCCAAAGAGAACUCCCUUAUGUUGAGUAGCCCACUCUCAAUUCUGAUUACGCGUUUUUCUUUCCCUCCUUAAACAGAGGUGUUACUUUAAACAUGCCUUCUAAAAGUAGGUAGUUUUGAAGAGAAUUAAAUUCAUCAGAUAACCUCAAGUCACCUGAGAAUCUUAGUCCACUUACACUGCCUUGGCUAGUUAGAAGUCUCUUAUCUAUGCAUGUGUCUUACCUCAUCUCCUAAAAGAAAGAGUACAGAGUAAGCCAUGUAGCUCAAAAAGGUAACUUCACUUUGUCUAUUUGCUAUUGAUUGUACCAAGGGAUGGUGGAAAGAGUAAACAUAGGGGCCGUGCGCGGUGGCUCACGCCUGUAAUCCCAACACUUUGGAAGGCCGAGGCAGGCGGAUCACAAGGUCAAGAGAUCGAGACCAUCCUGGCCAAUAUGGUGAAACCACCUCUCUACUGAAAAUACAAAAAUGAGCUGGGUGUGGUGGUGGGCACCUGUAAUCCCAGCUACCUGGAGGCUGAGGCAGGAGAAUCAGGGAGAACCAAAGAGUUGGAGGUUGCAGUGAACCGAGAUUGUGCCACUGCACUCCAGCCUGGCAACAGAGCAAGACUCUGUCUUAAAAAAAAAAAAGCUAAAUAUAGCUCAGGUAGCAGAUCUUGGCCCUGUACUGAGUCCCUUAGCCAAGCAGUCUCUUUCAAAGAAGCCAGUGGGCAAAAAGCAGGGACUGCCACUCCAAUUCAGAUUACACUGUUAAAAGGUGUGUUUUGAGGACUGGGCAUGGUGGCUCACGCCUAUAAUGCCAGCACUCUGGGAGGCUGAGGCAGGUGGAUCACAGGGUCAGGAGAUCACCAUCCUGGCUUACACAGAGAAACCUCAUCUCUACCAGAAAUACAAAAAAUUAGCCAGGCGUGGUGGCACCCGCCUGAAGUCCCAGCUACUUGGGAGGCUGAGGCAGGAGAAUCGCUUGAACCCAGGAGGUGGAGGUUGCAGUGAGCUGAGAUCCUGCCACUGCACUCCAGCCUGGGCAACAGAGUGAGACUCUGUCUCAAAAAAAAAAAAAAUGAAAAAGAUGUGUUUUGAAAUUUUAUAUUUAAUUGCACAAAUUGGGCCAAAGAAAUGUUGCCUUGAGAAAGAUACGACUGGAAAAUCCAGAGUAUAGAAGAAUAAAUAUUUUACUGUCUAAAGACAUGUUUAUAGCACCCUGUAAUGUUCCUUUCCUUUGUAAUCUCUGGUGAGAUGUUUAGGAAGAUAAGUUUGAGGAGAAUAAACAGGAAUUCUGAAUUAAGCACAGAGUUUAAGUUUAUACCCAUUUCAUAUGCUUUUCAAGAAUGUCACAAUUGCUUAGAAGCAAAAAAUGUUUUUUUAAACCUAACUGAAGAAUAUUCAAAUACUUUAAUGUAUAAAAUAAAUAUACUCUUAUAGCAGUUUGUUUCCUAUUUGAUUUUUUAAAAUUUAAUAUUUAUAUGAUAACUCUAUAUAUGCAUAAAUGGGUGUUUUGUCGAAUAAUUUGUUACUUAAAUCUAUGGAGAUCAGUUUUCUCUGGAAGUUUGUUUAAAUGAUAGGAAGAAGCAUAUAUGAAGAAAAUGUUUUAAGCUGCAAAAAUGUAUUUGCUAUAAAAUGAGAAGUCUCACCAUGGUUCUUUAUUGUUCGUUUUUGUUUUGAAGAUUGACUCUUCAAAUCUGUUAAAAUAAAAUUGUACAUUUGGAGAAGUUU